GCUUUUCAAGGCCAAACAAGACCAGAGAUCAUGUGGCGCGCCGGCGUGGACGUGACGGCAACGGGAGGUGACGAUGAUGAUGACUGGGAGACUGAGGCCGACUUUGAAAACGAUGUUUCGGAAAAGGAGGCUCGCUGGGGCUCUCGCACGAUCGAGGGAUCAGGGCGCCAGCACGUCGCCGGCGGUCUCGAGGGCAUUCGCCAGGCCGUGCAGGAGGACAGCACCAAGAGCCAAGUGAAGCACGACUUUGCCCGUGGUUACGGUGGCAAGUUUGGCGUGGAGAAGGUGCAGGACAAGUCGGCCGUGGGCCAUGAUUACCAGGCUGAAAAGGCAUUGCACUCGUCGCAAGUUGAUGGCAAGAAGGGCUUUGGUGGCCAGUACGGCCUACAAGGCGCGGACAAAUCUGCGCAUGCCUUUGGCGACUCGGGGCCCGUGGGCUCUUCCUAUGAAAAGCCGGCCAUUGUCGGAGGAUCAGCCAAAAACUUUCGCGAGCGCUAUGAGCAUAUGAACGAGACCAAGCAGGCAGAGGGUGAAGCAGAGGCUGCCCGUAUUCGUGCGCAGCGCGAGGCAGCUGAUGCUGCCCGCCGGGAGAAGGAGGCACAAGCCGCGGCAGCACGCGCCCAAGCCGAAGUAGCGCGCGCUGAAGAGGAAGAGGCUGCUGCGGCACAGGCAGCCCCCGAUCCCGAUCCCGAACCCGAACCCGAACCUGAACCCGAAUACGAGCCUGAACCUGAACCCGAACCUGAACCCGAACCUGAACCUGAAUCGGCUGACGCUGCCGAGGAUGCAGGCUUGACUGCCACCGCGCUGUACGAUUAUCAGGCACAGGGUGAUGAUGAAAUCACCUUUGAUCCCGACGAUGUCAUUACUGACAUUGAGCAGGUCGAUGAAGGCUGGUGGAUGGGUACUUGCCGAGGCCAGCGCGGUCUUUUCCCGGCCAACUAUGUGCAGCUCAACGAGUAAAGCUGCAGCGACCGUGUGUCACCACUCCGACUUGGCUCUUGUUCCUGUGCCCGCCCUUGUCUUGUCCUGCCCGUGGAUUUGUAUAUUUGUUUUGGUUAUUCCCUGCGGCAGCGCGGCUGGUCUCCGCUGUCCGUGCCAACGCACUCCCAGCAAGAGCCUUGGUCUUCUUCUCAACCCACAUUGGUCAUGAUCAUGUGUGCCAAGUCAUGGUCACUCUCUGAGCCGUCUAUGGCCUUGGCAUUUGCUGCCGCUGCGCCGAACCAGCUGAACAAGGGCAAGAGCUGGCUUGUGGUUCUUGACCCGCACUCAAUUCAAACAACUCGAUGUA